ACGGUCUAGCCAGCGGCCCAUCUCAAGUUCUGAGUGGAAUCCAAGAAAUCAAGAAAAAGUGAGGAGAAGAUUGCAGCAAAAAGGUCUCACUGUUUCUUCACAACACGCAUCAAGCCAAUAGUCGUCUGUGAAGAACAAGAGCGCAACCCCAUUAUGACCCACAAAACCUAUACCCUUUUGUUUCUAUUUCUGAGUUGAAGAAUCGAGUCAGGAGAGGAGGGAAUAGACUAGGGUUUGAUCAGGUUCCGAUCAGUUUUCUGCCAAUGUCGCAGCACAUGGACAACAUCCCCUCCACGCCCGGAAAAUUCAAGUCCGACAAGUAUCACUACAUUCACCGAUUCCGAUCCCACUCGUCUCUCGCCAAGCUCAUUCUCUGGUCAUUAUUCUUCUUUAGCGUCAUUUGCUUUUUCUUUCUGUUAUCGCCUACGUCGCCGACGUCCCCUCCCGCUGACCGGUCUCGCCGGGUUCUGGCGAACUAUACCUGGGGAGGUCCUGAAUGGGAAAAGAAGGUGCGGCAAUCGGCGCGUGUCCGCUCUGAUCACGGCCAUACCGUGCUGGUGACCGGUGGCGCCGGCUUCGUCGGUAGCCACGUCUCUGCAGCGCUGAAGCGGCGGGGAGAUGGCGUUAUCGGCCUCGACAAUUUUAACAACUACUACGACCCGGAACUGAAGCGCCACCGCCGCGACCUGCUUGAGCGCGCCGGCGUGUUUGUGGUGGAAGGCGAUAUCAAUGACUCGGAGCUUCUUAGGAAGCUCUUCGAUGUGGUCGCGUUCACACACGUAAUGCACCUUGCUGCUCAGGCCGGUGUUCGCUACGCAAUGCAGAAUCCUAAGUCAUAUGUCAACAGUAACAUUGCUGGGCUUGUGAAUCUUCUUGAAGUUUGUAAAUCUGCGGACCCGCAGCCAGCUAUCGUCUGGGCAUCUUCGAGCUCUGUUUAUGGGCUUAAUUCUAAGGUGCCCUUCUCGGAAAAAGAUCGAACGGACCGUCCGGCGAGCCUAUACGCAGCGACAAAGAAAGCAGGUGAAGCCAUUGCUCAUACAUAUAAUCAUAUAUACGGUCUUUCAAUUACUGGCUUGCGAUUUUUCACCGUGUACGGACCGUGGGGCAGGCCAGAUAUGGCAUAUUUCUUCUUUACUCGAGAUAUUCUCACAGGGAAGCCAAUUACGAUCUUUGAAGGGCCAGAUCAUGGAUCUGUUGCUAGAGAUUUUACAUACAUUGAUGAUAUAGUGAAGGGGUGUUUGGCAUCAUUGGAUACCGCGAAGAAAAGUACAGGUACUGGUGGUAAGAAGAAGGGGGCGGCUCAAUUUCGGAUUUUCAAUUUGGGGAACACGUCGCCGGUGGAUGUGAGCAAGCUGGUGAGCAUACUGGAGAAGCUUUUGAAGGUGAAAGCAAAAAGGAGGGUGUUGCCAAUGCCCAGGAAUGGAGAUGUGCAGUAUACACAUGCGAAUAUAAGUUUGGCACAGAGGGAGCUCGGGUAUAAGCCUACAACUGAUCUUGAGUCAGGGCUGAAGAAAUUUGUGCGGUGGUACAUCACUUACCAGUCGAAAUCGAAGAAAAAGAGCUCAUGGUGAAUUUCUGCAUCAUGUUUGCUAGAAUCAUCCUAAGUCAUGAUACUGAUUGCAUAUGGUUUUAUCCCUCUGCCAAUCUUUGCAUUUUCCCGUUAUCUUCAUACGCAAUACUGUUAUACAAGGAGGAACCAUGUUCUGCAAUGGAUUAGGUUUCGUUGGUGGGUUUGUUUUUGCAGGGCAUUACCAAUUUGUAUGAACAGAAAGCUAGAAGCAUCCACAUAGCCUUUCCAAUUGUUGCUUCCUUUUUUAGGAUUUUAUUCAUAGUCUAGACACUGUACAGUCUGUGACUGAUAGUUUACAAAAUAUGCUUAUUGCUUGACUUUAAUCAUCCUCAUGAAGCAGUUUUAAUAAGAUAGCGUUUGCUGAAUUGGGCACUUAAUGAAUUGCCUUAUAUUUGAA